GCCUGUUCCUACAGUUUCCUGAUCUGUGAAGCUUGCUAGCUAGUUACGCAGUAAACUGAUAGCUAGCACAACGAAUUAGCUCCAUGACAGAAAAUUAUGUUGAAAUUGCUUUUCCAGAGGAUAUGAACGUAAUCAGAUGUUGUUAUUAUCAUCGUUUUUUUAACGUCAAUCAUAUCGGUAAAUUAAUUCAUGUGUCAAGGCGAACUGCAGCAAGUACUUGCCGUAAUAGCUCAAAAUUUUUGCUUGUUAACGCGACAGUUAGCAAGCUCGCUACGCUAAUAGUUAACGUUAGCUAACCAGUUAGCCACAGUUUAGGAACGCCUACGAUGACAAAUUUCAACAAAAAUACCAGAAAGAAAGCCUAGACUCUGUAUGGCGAGCGGACGGCCGCAGAAGUGACCGUCCACAGCGCGGCCGGAGGUAGACGAGCGGUGGUUGCGGUGAGGCCCCUUACGGGCGAAGAGCCACCAUGGCGUCUCGUCAUCAGAGGAACUCCGUGUGGAUCCUGUCCAGCCGGGAGCGCGGCUCACAGGCCUUUGGCUCCCAGCGCCAUCUGCAGCAGCUGGUUGAGGAGAAGGUCCGCUGGAUGAAAUGGCAGAGUCAGAAAGUUGAGCUGCCGGACAGCCCUCGCUCGACAUUCCUGUUGGCCUUCAGCCCAGAUGGGACACUCAUGGCCUCCACUCAUGUCAAUCACAAUAUUUACAUUACGGAGGUGAAGACUGGAAAGUGCCUGCAUUCGCUGGUGGGCCACCGCCGCACUCCGUGGUGUGUGACCUUUCACCCCACCAUCCCCGGCCUAGUGGCCUCCGGGUGCCUUGAUGGAGAGGUUCGCAUCUGGGACCUGCAUGGUGGCAGUGAGAGCUGGUUCACAGAAAGCAACGUGGCCAUUGCCUCGCUGGCCUUCCACCCCACGGCUCAGCUGCUCCUCAUAGCCACCAACAACGAACUGCACUUCUGGGACUGGAGUCGGCCCGAGCCCUUUGCCGUGGUCAAAACCGGCAGCGAAACGGAGCGAGUCAGAUUGGUGAGGUUUGAUCCAUUGGGGCACAAUCUGCUGACGGCUAUUGUGAACCCCUCCAACCAACAAAAUGAUGAAGACUCGGAGGUCCCCAUGGACAGCGUGGAGAUGCCCCACUUCCGCCAGCGCUCCUUCCUGCCCUCACAACCUGUCCGUCGCACUCCCAUCCUCCACAACUUCCUGCACAUCCUGUCGUCACGCUCGUCGGGGGCGCAGGCCGGGGGCGAUGCUUCCCGCCCCGGCGGGGAGGGGGGCGGCGGCGAACCGCACGGCAUGCCUCUGGGCCAGUACCCGGCCUCGCAGGACCGCGGCCCUCCCUACCCGGGCUGCACCCAGCACCUGGGCAUGGUGUGCCUCUGCAACCGCUGCACGGCUAACCGCAGCCCGUCCCUGGGUGAAGGGACGUCCUCCAGGCCCGUGGUCCUCCCCGAGCCCCCCCAGCCGGCGCCCCACGCUUCCACCUUCUCCUCGGCCCGUACGGAGCCGCGGCAGCCUUCGGAUCCCACCGGGGCCCAGCAGCGGGCCUCCGCCUUCACCACGGUCUACUACAGUGCCGGCAGCUCCGUGCAUCGCGCCGUGCCUACCGCACACGUGGCCAGCCUGCCUCAGCCACCGCCCGGCAUCCACCAACACACACCCCCCGCUCACCCGCCGCCCGGGCCCGACUGGACGCGCAGCCUGCUCAACAUGAGAGGCUCCGAGGGCACAGGUGGCGCCGCUGUGGGUAGUGUCGGAAUGCUGCCGCCACGGACCAGCUCGUCGUCCAUCAGCCUGCUGUCAGUGCUGCGCCAGCAGGACGGCUCCUCCCAGUCGCCAGUCUACACCUCCGCAACAGAGGGACGGGGUUUCCCCCCGCCUCCAGGCUCAGAACUGGGCUCCGGCCCAGUGACCAAUCAGAGGGGAGGGGGAGGCGGCGCGGGCACAAGCAGCGGGCACCACCCAUUUUGGGAUGGCGCACGCAGCAACCCAGCCUCGUUCCGGAACGUGCUCCAGUGCAACCUGAGCCGCUACUUCAUGGAGUUUGACCGCAUGCAGGACCUUGAGUCGCCGCUGGGUGGUGCUGCGGGGGAUGAGGGCGGUCGGGAGCAGACGCAGGAGAUGAUCAACAACAACGUCGACCCGGAGAGACCCGGGCCCUCCUCUUCCCACUACCAGCCGCCGCCCCCACCACCACCACCACCGCCGGCCGAGAACAAUCCCCCUCCCUCCCCUAGCACCGUGCACUCCUCCCGAGGCCACCUGAACCGCUGCAGGGCAUGUCACAACCUACUUACCUUUAACCAUGACUCCCAGCGCUGGGAGCGCACCAGCCCAGCCUCCUCUACCACCACCGUCACCGCCCAGGAGGGCUCUGCUUCCUGGCAGCAGUCCUCCGGCCCUGCCUACGAGGAGCCGCACGCGUCACCUCGGAGCCGGGAGCCCCAUUCCCAGCCCCUGGAGCGGGAGAGGAGGGUGGUCCAACCCCCAGAGCCUGGCCAAAGGCAGCCAUCCCCAGGUCCCCAUGGCGCGGCCAUGCCCUUCCCCACCAUCGCGUCGUCAAGCGCCCAGCCAGGCGAGCAGACUGUGGGACUGGUGUACAAUCAGGAGACUGGCCAAUGGGAGCGCGUCUACCGCCAGGCCGCCUCGGGCCGCUCCGCCGUGUCCGACACAUCGCCAGAGGCCUUCAGCCAGGAAAUGCCUGUGGAUAAUCCAGACGAGGACUCCCUGAGAAGGAGGCUGCUUGAGUCUUCUCUCCUGUCUCUCUCCCGCUACGAUAUGGCCGGAUCCAGAGAUCACCCCAUCUACCCAGAUCCCGCCAGGUUGUCCCCAGCUGCUUAUUAUGCCCAGAGAAUGAUCCAGUACCUGUCGAGGCGGGACAGUAUCCGCCAGCGCUCGCUGCGCUACCAGCAGAACCGCUUGAGGACACUGUCGUCGUCUUCGGACAGCCCCGCCAGCAACCCCUCAGCCGCCAUGGAGAACAGCGACGUGGACUUUGAAGAGCUAGAUGACAACGGAGACCGGACCAGGCACCGAACCCCACGAAACGCCAGAAUGUCGGCCCCCUCGCUGGGACGCUUCGUUCCUCGCCGGUUCCUGUUGCCUGAGUACUUGCCCUACGCCGGGAUCUUCCACGAGAGGGGUCAGCCUGGUCUGGCCACCCACUCGUCCGUCAACAGGGUCUUGGCAGGUGCCUCCAUCGGGGACGGCCAGUCGGCGGUCGCCAGCAACAUAGCCAACACCACCUACCGCCUGCAGUGGUGGGACUUCACAAAGUUUGACCUUCCAGAGAUCAGCAACGCCUCUGUAAACGUGCUGGUGCCAAACUGCAAGAUCUACAACGACGCCAGCUGUGACAUUUCGGCAGAUGGACAGCUCUUGGCCGUGUUCAUACCCAGCAGCCAGCGGGGCUUCCCGGACGAGGGCAUCCUGGCCGUGUACUCCUUGGCCCCACACAACCUGGGAGAGAUGCUCUACACCAAGAGAUUUGGUCCUAAUGCCAUCUCAGUGAGCCUGUCUCCCAUGGGCUGCUACGUCAUGGUGGGCCUGGCCUCCCGCCGGAUCCUGCUGCAUCCAUCCACCGACCACAUGGUGGCGCAGGUGUUCCGGCUGCAACAGCCCCACGGAGGAGAGACCUCCAUCAGGAUGGUGUUCAAUGUGGUGUACCCCAUGGCUCCAGACCAGCGGAGACACGUCAGUAUCAAUUCAGCCAGAUGGCUUCCAGACCCGGGGAUGGGCCUGGCCUACGGGACCAACAAAGGAGACCUGGUCAUCUGCAGGCCGGUGUUCUACCGGAGUGAUGGAGAGAGCCCGGCUGAAGCCAGUUCUGAGCCCAUAUUCACAGUGAACAAUAGUGGCGUUGGAACCAGCCGGACCCGUGGUACCGAACGACCAGGAGCCCCCACUCGCUCCAGCUGGCGACUAGACAGAGACAUGGGUCUGAUGAACGCCAUUGGCCUCCAGCCCCGACACCCUGCCCCCUCUGUGACCUCACAGGGCACUCAGACCCCCAUCGUGCAGCUGCAGAACGCUGAGACGCAGACGGAGAGGGACCUCCCUGGGCCCAGCUUCUCCAACACUGCUUCUUACGUAAAAGCACGUCAAGAGGCCCCAUCCACAAGCCUUGAGACCCAGGGAAACCUGGAGCAGCCUCAAACCAGUCGGACCCAGGGUGUUGCCCUGGGGGACACCUCAACAGAAGCCGGUACCUCCACAGCUAACACAGGCGAGAUUCCAGACUACGCCCCGGGAGAGGACGCCCUGGCACGGAUCCGUCGGCUCAUUGCAGAGGGUGGCAUGACCGCUGUGGUCCAGCGUGAGCAGAGCACCACCAUGGCCUCUAUGGGCGGCUUCGGCAACAACAUCAUCGUCAGCCAUCGCAUCCACCGCGGCUCCCAGACCGGGGCUGGCGCUGCUGCCGGACGGCCCACCGCCAGUGACCCAAAACUGGCCGUCCCCGGCCCCUCGGCAGCCUCCCCUUCCACCUCCUCUGCCACCGCCCAGACCCUGCGUCUCACCCUGGAGAACCCACCUGUUCCUUCAGAGGCUCGCCCUGGCGGCCCGGUGUGGGGGCUGGCCUCGCUUUCCCAGGCUCAACCCCCUGGCCUGGCCCCGGACAGCGCACGGGCCGGGCGGUCGGCAGCCAUGGACAUCGACGAGGUGUUUGAAGGAGCUGGUAGAAUGGACGACUCUGAGCCAGGCCCCUCUUCCUCCCUGCUUUUCUCCCCCUCCUCUCGUGGCUCCUACUCCUCCACAGGCGGGAGAAAUGGCAACAAUAACAACAAUGGAAGUAGCAGCCGAGAUGGUUUCCCCGGUGACCCUUACAGCAGGUAGAGUCCCGCGCGGCUCGACUCUUACUGCCCCAGAGGAGGAGGAAAGAUCCCCAGAGCAGACGGAUGCCGUGACCAUGCUUUGGGGGUGGGGGAUGGACAGUGCAUCAGGAACCCCUAAAGGAACUCUGUGUGUCCCCCGUAACAAUAGUGCGAUUCUCCUCAAAGCCUUAUCUCACAAAGAAUGGGUGCUCAGACUCAGCAGUUACUACAGCCCUGACAGGCCAUAAGCCCCCCCCCAUGUUGCAUUGAUCUGCUUCAGUUGUAUUGUGACCCCACCCCCACCUGCAUUGGUGUGUGCACUUACACUGCACUUAAAAGAGACUUGAGUUGUAUGAUCAUUCCACGUCAGAAAGGGCUUUUACUUGAAUUGUGCUUGUACCGGGAUGCAGAUGAGUUUUUUUCUGUUUUUGUUUUUCUGUUUUCUUCUCGGUUCUUUUCUCAUCUGAGUGACGGGCGAGGUUACUCCAUUACUCCAUUCAAAGUGCCAUGUAAGGGUAACCGUGAACGACGUCAAAACCCACAGAUGGUUAAUCCAGUGUGCGCAGCAUUCUAGUGCCACGUGAUCUGAUUGUGUGAAACGGUGUCUGCCGUAUGCUCCCCUUCUGGUACCAUGUUGUAGGAUGCAAGUAUUUGUAAUGUGAUGCUUAGUGGAAACAGAUUGUCGUCGUAUGAAUCAUGACAUGAUGCGCGGUAUGACCAAAACCACACGUUUCACCACAAUCUGCAGCUGCCUGAUUUGUCAGAGACCCCCACAACCCCAAAGGAUCAUGGUCCAUAUUGCCCAUGAGUCCCCAAGUGUACAGAGCGUUCAAAGUGACAAGACUGAGCCCCCUAAUGCUUCAAGUUCAAACAGGAGUGGACGCAUACAAAAUGGUGGAUGUAUUGUUACAAUAUCUAAUCAAUCCUUUCUGACUGUAUUGGUACUGUACUAUUCUACUGCAUGUUUUUAACAACGCGGCAUCGUUUCCGAUGGAAAAAAGGGAACUCAAUCAGUAGAAAGGUUUUGCAAACUACGGACAAAUUGGAGGAGAAACCUCUUGGGACUUUAGCCAGGUCUGUUCCCAGGCUUUUGUUACAACCAGAAGUGGAACCAUCAUUGCUCUCCUGUACCCUGGAUGACUAGUCGGUGCAAGCACGGCAAGAUCUGGGUAAAGGCAAAAGAACAGCCCCCCCCAUACACACACACAUAAAAGUGUGUUUGUGACCCCCCUCUCUGACUUGGACUGGCACAGAGCCCCCUAUUGCCUGCACUCCCUACUGGUGCUCCAGGGGUGCUGUUUCGUUACCACUAGGAUUCAGAUUCAGUGAAACCAACCUGACUGUGGGUCAGUGGGAGGGGGUCUUCAGUGAACUAUACUCUGUCAUACACCCAGUGCUUGGAAAGCACCGAAGGAGCUGUUCAGUGAGUGUAAGCUUUGUCUUUGUGCCUGUGUAUGUGUGUCGUGGAACGCGUAUGGUGGGGUGUGCGUGCGUGCACGUUGUGAUACAUGUAUGGUGGGGGGGGUGUAUGCGUCUGUCAUGAUACAUGUAUUAUGGGAGGGGUGCCUGUGUAUGUGUGUGUCGUGAUAUAUGGUAGGGAGGUGUGUGUGUGUGUGUGUGGGUUUGUGUGUGUG